AUGAAGUUUGCAAAGGAAUUACAGCAAACACUUGUAGAGGAGGAAAUACCCGAAGAAUGGCUUGGUGCUGCCAUUCAAUACAAAUUGUUGAAAAAAUGCAUUAAUAAUGUUGUUGCAGAGCUUGAACUACUUGGGCUCGAACUGAACACGUUAACCUUGCUUCUUGAGAACAAGUCCGAAGAUGGCGAAAACAUUGUGGAAGUCGAAGAAAAGAACACCACCUCCACAAAUCCAGUAAUUGCAGAGUAUUCCAUAAACAAGUCAGAGCAUGGCGACCUAAUCAAACCAAUGCUUAAAAUCACUAUUGACUACUCCGAAAAGAACUAUUCGGAUGACCAUAUUAUGGAGUUGGGUUUGGAUUUGAAGUCCAAAAUUGAAGAUUUGUUGAACAAAAAUGAAGAUGGGGCGUCAACUUUGGAAGAUGGAGAGAAAAGGCACACCGUAGAGUUGAAAGAGAACCAUGAAUUGGUACUUUCACCUCAAUCUACUGGGAAAGACGAUGAUAGCGUUAGGUCAUCUAAAUCCAAGUCUAAGUCCAAGAAAAAUGAAAUUAUAAUUGUUUUGAACUCAGACGCCAAAUUCUUUCAAAUGCUUGAUGGAGAAUUAGAAAACUUAGAUAAGCUCAAGAUUUCCGAAGAGAAAAAAUUGGUCAACGAGGUGGAAAAUAUUGGUGAAGUAGUGAAGACAUUGGCAAACCCAAACGUCGCACCUAAAAAGUCGGAUUUGUAUAAAUGGAGAGAGGUGUUCAAAGUUUAUUUGGACAGCGAAGUAUUCUUCCGUUACAAUGAGACCUCGAUAUCAUCUUCAGAACGUAAAGCAGAACAGAUCAAGAAAAAUUUAGAGGAAUUUCUUACUCGUGUGAAGAAAACUGGAGUACUCACUCAAUUUAAACAUAAAAAGUCAAUGAACGCCUUUAAUGCCUUUGUCACCAUGAACUAUCAUUUAUUGAAAGUAUUACAGUUCCAAUCCAUAAAUUCUAGAGCUUUCACCAAGAUUUUGAAAAAAUUCGAUAAGCAAACGUCAUUAGGAAUCAAGAAUCUGUUCCCCAAAAUGGUAUCUAAUGAUCACAUCUUUAUGACAGGCGCUUCACUUGCACAGAAGAUCUGUUUUGUAAUGCAGAAUCUGUUGUUGAAGUUAAUUCCUCAAUUGGACGAUUACAUGUGUCCAAUUUGUUGUUCGGUUGCAUUCAGACCAAUCAGACUAAAUUGUGGCCAUGUAUUCUGCGUGACUUGUUUAGUGAAGUUGAAGAAAGAACAAAAGGUAAAUUGUCCCCUUUGCAGGUAUGAAGGGGCCAUAGCAAUGGCUGAUGGAUCUAACCUAGAUCUCGUCAGACAAGAUUUAAUCACAAAAUACUUCCCAUUGGAAGUUAAGGAGAAGAUGAAGGAAAGAGAUAAGGAAAGGUACGAUGAAGUCGUUGGGAAAAAUAAAUGUAUAAUUCAGUAA